GCUAGGGUUCCCGGUGUCAGAGGAAAGUGACAGAAGCCGUGCUGAGGGAGAGACGCCGAGAGAUCGCGGCGACCCGGCAGCCACCCAGUCUCGGGGGAGCAUUGAGCUCCCCCGCCCCCGGCUCCCACCCGGCCCGGGGGGCUCCUCCAGUCUGGGCCCCACCCCCGGGCUCCCCAUGGAAGCCAGCUGCGCCCCGGGAGGAGCAGGAGGAGGAGUCGGCUAAAUGCCCGUGGUGCGCUCCGCGCCGCUGCCCUAAGGCCCCCCAGCGCCCCCGACCCGCGCCGCCUCCGCCGCUCCUCCCCCGGGGCUCGCCCGGGACCUGCCCCCCGGGCCGCCCGCCCGCGCUCAGCCGCAGCUCGGUGCGGGGAUCGCCGCCGCCCUGGAGUGAGGGAAGCCCGGCCCGAAGGGGGUCCCCCGGAGCCCGGCACGAUGGACGCGGUCUUGGAACCCUUCCCGACCGACAGGCUGUUCCCGGGAUCCAGUUUCCUAGACCUGGGAGAUCUGAACGAGUCGGAUUUCCUCAACAAUGCGCACUUCCCAGAGCACCUGGACCAUUUCGUGGAGAACAUGGAGGACUUCUCUAAUGACCUGUUCAGCAGUUUCUUUGAUGACCCCAUGCUAGAUGAAAAGAGCCCUCUGCUGGACAUGGAACUGGACUCCCCAGCACCAGGCAUCCAGGCUGAGCACAGCUACUCCCUGAGUGGGGACUCUGCACCCCAGAGCCCCCUGGUGCCCAUCAAGAUGGAGAACACCACCCAAGACGUGGAACAUGGAGCAUGGGCACUGGGACACAAACUAUGCUCCAUCAUGGUGAAGCAGGAGCAGAGCUCAGAGCUUCCCGUCGACCCUCUGGCUGCCUCCUCUGCCAUGGCUGCCUCUGCCAUAGCCACUCCACCACUGCUGGGCCUCAGCCCCCUCUCCAGACUGCCUAUACCCCACCAGGCCCCAGGAGAGAUGACUCAGCUGCCAGUGAUCAAAGCAGAGCCCCAGGAAGUGAACCAGUUCCUCAAAAUGACAUCAGAGGAUCUGGUACAGAUGCCUCCAACACCCCCCAGCAGUCAUGGCAGCGACAGCGACGGCUCCCAGAGUCCCCACUCUCUGCCUCCCUCCAGCCCUGUCCGGCCCAUGGCCCGCGCCUCCACAGCCAUCUCCACCUCUCCGCUCCUCACUGCCCCUCAUAAACUACAGGGGACAUCUGGGCCACUGCUCCUGACAGAAGAGGAGAAGCGAACCCUGAUUGCAGAGGGGUACCCCAUCCCCACCAAACUCCCCCUCACUAAAGCCGAGGAGAAGGCCUUGAAGAGGGUGCGCAGAAAAAUCAAGAACAAGAUCUCAGCCCAGGAGAGCCGCCGUAAGAAGAAGGAAUAUGUGGAGUGUCUAGAAAAGAAGGUGGAGACAUAUACAUCAGAGAACAAUGAGCUGUGGAAGAAGGUGGAGACCCUGGAGAAUGCCAACAGAACCCUGCUCCAGCAGCUGCAGAAACUCCAGACUCUGGUCACCAGCAAGAUCUCCAGACCUUACAAGAUGGCAGCCACUCAGACAGGCACCUGUCUCAUGGUGGCGGCCUUGUGCUUUGUUCUGGUGCUGGGCUCCCUGGUGCCCUGCCUUCCUGAAUUCUCCUCCAGCUCCAAGGCUGUGAAGGAAGACCCUAUCACAGCCGACAGUGUCUACACAGCCAGUCAGAUGCCCUCCCGAAGCCUCCUGUUCUAUGAUGAUGGGGCAGGCUCAUGGGAAGAUGGCCGAGGCACCCUGCUACCUGUGGAGCCCCCAGAAGGCUGGGAACUCAAGCCAGGGGGCCCAGCAGAGCCAAGGCCCCAGGACCACCUCCAACAUGAUUAUCUGGAUGGCACCCACGAGACCACCAAGUACUUGAGCGAGACCUGGCCAGAGGAUGCUAGUGGCAAUGGCACCAGCCCCAACUUCUCCCACCCCAAGGAGUGGUUUCAUGACAGGGAUCUGGGCCCCAACACCACCAUCAAACUCUCCUAGGCCUCUCCGAGACCCAGGACACAGGACGGACCCCCCUGGAACCCAGAAGAGGCAUUCUCUUGUUCACUGACCCGGAUGCAGCUCACACUCCUGCCCUGGGCCGCUCCCCCCGCCCCCUGCUCCAGGAGAAGGGGUCCCACUUCUCCCCAUCCCUCCCCACCUCUGUUGUGGCUGGGACUCCCUCCAUGCCCCCAGACAUUUGGACUGGUCCCCUGGGCCUACUGCUCUAUUCUCAAUUCUCUCUCCCACAACCAUCCGUCCUUCUCAGAUAAACCACUCACUGGGCCGCUCCCUCUACUUCUCCCAUAAUGACCAAUACAACCACUGUCCUCUGGCCCCCCAUACACACACAUGCACACAUGCAUACAUGAGCAAACAUCCCCACCUCCACUGUACAGAGACCAAGAACAGAAAUUGUUUGUAAAUAAUGAACCUUAUUUUUUAUUAUUGCCAAUCCCCUAAGAUAUUGUAUUUUACAAAUCUCCCUCCUCCCAUCACCCCUCCCUUGUUUUAUAUUUUAUGAAGUUAGUGCGGGCUUUACUGCCCCUUGGCCAGGGACAGAGGGGCUCCCCACCCUCACCUGGCUUCCCCCUGCCGCUGCCCAAGCUGCUGGGCCUUUUUAAUUGCCAAACUGCUCACUCCACCAGCUCAGCUCAUGCUUUAAGAAAGCAAAAUUUAAAAAAAAAAAAAAAAAAAAAGAAAAAA